AUGGCCGAAAACGACAUCACGCAAUACCUGCGUCAGACGCACGACCGCGUCUUUGAGCACAACUGCCGGUGGGCCGAGGACUGCAAGGCCAAGGACCCAGACUUCUUCGUCAAGCUCUCGGCGGGGCAGAACCCCGAGUACCUGUGGAUCGGGUGCAGCGACUCGCGCAUCCCCGCCGAGCAGAUCACGGGUUUGGAGCCCGGCGACGCGUUUGUGCACCGCAACAUUGCCAACCUGGUGCUGAGCACCGACCUCAAUGUUAUGAGCGUCAUCACGUACGCCGUCGAGCACCUCAAGGUCAAGCACAUUGUCGUGUGCGGUCACUACGGCUGCGGCGGCGUCAAGGCCGCCAUGACGCCAAAGGACCUGGGCCUGCUCAACCCCUGGCUGCGCAACAUCCGCGACGUCUACCGCCUGCACGAGAAGGAGCUCGACGCCAUCGCCGACGAGGACGCGCGCUACAACCGCCUGGUCGAGCUCAACGUCUACGAGCAGUGCCGCAACGUGGUCAAGACGGCCUGCGUGCAGCAGUCGUUUGCCAAGAACAAGUUCCCCGUCGUGCACGGCUGGGUGUUUGGUUUCAACGAUGGCCUGCUGAAGGACCUGAAGAUCGACUUUGAGGGCAUCCUGAAGGACAUUCAGAAGAUCUACAACUUGACCGAGAGCUGA